AUGUUGAGCGAGGGAGCAAAAUCGGAAUCGAGCGAGCUGAUGAUCCAAACUAAGCUUCCAAUUCCCACCAUGGCUGCCUCUCCAUCGUCCUCAGCCGCACCUCCGCUUCCCUUAUCGCCGCCAUGGAUCGAGUUGCCCGACGAUUUGACGGUGAAUAUCCUGCAAAGGUUGGAUGCUAAGGAGAUAAUUAUGAGUGCUCAGCUAGUGUGUAGUACAUGGUGGAGAGUCUGCAAGAAUCCCGCCAUGUGGCGCGUCAUUCAUCUACAUUGUGCGGGUGACAAAUUUGAGUUCAUUUGCCUUCGUGCAGUGGAUCGUAGCCAGGGACAAUUGCUCGAGUUAAAGCUUUCUGGUUUUGAAGUGGAUGGUGGCUGGCUACACUACGUAGCUGACCGAUCAAGUCAGCUACGAUGCCUUACAGUUGAUGUUUUUCGUAGAAUAGAGAGUAGUGUUUUGACUGUGGCGAUAAAAAAGCUUACACAAUUGGAAGAGUUGCAUCUUUCUUUGAUGGAUCCAUCCCUCAGUCCCGAUGAUUUUGAAAGCAUUGGCAUCUCUUGCCCCAUGUUAAAAUCAUUUGCAUAUAAUGGUGGUCAAUGGGAAUUUACAGAGUAUGUGGUAGCCAUUGGAAAAAACAUGCCUAACUUGCGCCAUCUCAGACUUUUUUCAUAUUGUAUUGGAAACCAGGGGCUGGAAGCGAUUCUCGAUGGCUGCCCCAACCUAGAAUUGCUUCAUCUUCAGCGAUGCUCCGGUCUUGAUCUACAAGGGGGUCUAGGCAAAAGAUGUUCUGACCGAAUAAAAGAUCUGAUUCUCGAUUCUGAGCCUUCUCAAUCUGAAUGUGAUCAGGUGGAUUAUGAUUGGUAUAACGACAAUGAAUCAACAGCUUCUGACUCUGAUCAUAGUGGUUAUGCAUAUGUUCCUGAUUUUAUUUAG